AUGUGGGGCAGGGCAGAAAUUUAUGGCGGGAUAGAUAAGGUACCUGGAGCAAGAUCAAAAGUUAAGAUCCAGACUAAAGAUGAAAUGCGCAAGUUAACUUUUCAAAAGUCAUCCAAUAUUUUAGUGAUGAAAUCCAAUGAUGUCACUGUGACACUAGAAGAAACUAGGCUAAGAUUCGGACGGGGGCAAAUCUCGUCAGCCGUCCUUAAAAAUGUGUACUAUAGGUCAAUUUUGAUUGAUGAGGGUAUCGGCACAGGCUUGUCAAAUGUUGCAACGGUGGUGCGUUUACUACAUACAUAUAAGCUGAAGAUUACACAUACAUGUACGAGUAUGUAUGUCUCACAGAGACCGUCUCCAAUCGCACUUCGUUCAAGACAAUACUAUAGUUACAACCCGCACCCCUAG